AUGCUCGGUGUCCACACGCUGCUGCGGAAGCUGCAGUUCCUGCUGGAGCUGCCGGCGCGGCUGACGCGCUGCGUGGAGCUGGAGGCCUACGGCACAGCCGUGCGCUACCACGGGCGGGCACGGGCCGUGCUGCACCACUACCGCCACCUGCCCUCCUUCCACGGCAUCCAGGCCGACUGCCAGGUCAUCAUGGCCGGCCUCGCCCAGCGCCUGCGCCAGAGGUUCAGGGACGGGGGCUCCGGGGCCAAGGACCUAGCGGAGUGCGUGGAGCUGCUGCUAGAGCUGGAGGAGCCGGCUGAGGAGCUGUGCGAUGAGUUCCUGGCUCACGCUGGUGCCCGCCUGGCAGCUGAACUGGACACACUAGAGGCAGAACUGGGCCCUCCAGGCGGGGCCCCAACCUGCGACAUCCUUGAGUUCACCGACCGCGGCUGCAACAGCUUUGUGGGCAACCUGUGCCUGGUUAUCGCCUCCUACCAGGAGCUGUUCGUGAGCCGAGCGGGCGCCGCCCCCAUUGCCCCCAUGGCCCGGGCCAAGCUGGCUACCUUCGUGGAGGGGCUGCUGGGGCGCUACUUCGGGCUGGUGGAGAGGCGGGUGCAGCUGGAGAAGGGUGUGGGCGACAGCUCCCUGCUGGUGCGGGCGCUGGACCGCUUCCACCGGCGCCUCCAGGCUCUGGAGCAGCUGCUGCCAGGUGCAGGGGCAGCGAGUGAGGGCACGGCCAUUGUGGAGCGAGCAGCCAGGGCACGGGUGGCCCAGUACCUGCAGGCCCUGCGGGGCUUCUACCAGGACUGCCUGACGGACGUACGCCAGGCCCUGGCUGCCCCCCGCCUGGCCAGCAAGGAGGGACCCGGCCUGGCCGAGCUCCUAGCUACCGUCUCAGCCUCGCUGCUUGGCCAGGUUAAGGCCGUGCUAGGCUAUGUCCACCUCUUCACCGCCAGGGACGUUGCCUUCUCCAACAAGCCCUACUUCAAGGGCGAAUUCUGCAGCCAAGCUGUGCGUGAGGGGCUGGUGGUUGGGUUCAUCCGGGCCGUGUGUGGGACAGCCCAGCAGUUUUGCGAGGCACCAGGGGAGAUGGGGGUUCCCAGCUCCCCUGAGUCUCGCUUGAAGGGGAGGGGUCGCAGCUGUCCUGGAUCUAAGGGGGGGGUCCUGGCUGCCCUUGCUGUGAUGGAGGCUCCUGGCUCCCCUGCCCCCAGCCCUGAUGCUUCCCUUGCCCUGCAGGCCGAGGUGGCAGGGACGCCAGGCAGCGUGCUGUGCGCCGAGGCCCGGGCGGCCGCCCAGCGCCUCCUCACCCACUACGUGCGGGUGCAGGGCCUGGCUGUGUCCCAGAUGCUGCGCAAGAGCGUGGAGACGCGCGACUGGGUGGGCACCAUCGAGCCCCGCACCGUGCGCGCCGUCAUGAAGCGCGUCGUGGAGGACACCACUGCCAUCGAUGUGCAGGUGGGGCUGCUCUAUGAGGAAGGUGUGCGCAAGGCCCAGAGCAGCGACUCCAGCAAGAGGACCUUCUCCGUGUACAGCAGCUCCCGGCAGCAGGGCCGCUAUGCACCUAGCUACACCCCCAGUGCCCCCAUGGACACGAACCUGCUGAGCAACAUCCAGAAGCUUUUCUCCGAGCGCAUUGACAUUUUCAGCCCUGUGGAGUUCAAUAAGGUCUCGGUGCUGACGGGCAUCGUGAAGAUCAGCCUGAAGAGCUUCCUGGAGUGCGUGCGGCUGCGCACGUUCGGGCGCUUCGGGCUGCAGCAGGUGCAGGUGGACUGUCACUACCUGCAGCUCUACCUGUGGCGCUUUGUGGGCGACGAGGGGCUGGUGCACGGGCUGCUGGACGAGAUUGUGGCCAGCGCCGCCCACCGCUGCCUCGACCCCGUGCCCAUGGAGCCCAGCGUCGUGGAGGUCAUCUGUGAGCGCGGGUAGCUUCGCCCUCUGACCCUGGGGGGGUGGGGGGAAGACACUGGGGUGUCUGGGGCCAGUGAAAGAGGUGUGGCUAAGGGCAAAGGUGUGGCCAGUGAUGGGGGUGUGACUGAGGAUAUGGGUGUGGCCAACUGGGGUGGUAAUGGGUGUGGCUAAGGAUAGGGGGCAUGGCCAACCAAUGGGUGUGGCUACAGAUGGGGGCACGGCCAACUGAGGGUGCUGAUGGGUGUGGCCAGUGCUGGGGUGUGGCUAAGGUUGGGGCAUGGCUCAUGGUGUGGGUGUGGCCAGCUGGGGGUAGUGUUGGGGCGUGGCCAGUGAUGUGGGCGUGGCCGAGGAGCACUAGGGAUGGGGGCAAGGCAAGCUGUAGGGGUGGGGCUUGCCCCUGCCCUGGGGUGAUGCUGGGGGGGCUGGGGUUGCACCCCUGUGUACUGCUCCCGCCCUGUGCUGCAGGAGGGGCUCUGGGGCUUCCCCGAGGUAGGGGGGAGCCCAUGUGUGCCCUUUGCCCCCCUCUACUCCAUUCAGGCGGGGGCCACACUCAAUAAACCCACCCACCGUC